GACGAGCUGCCUCCCUCUCUGCCCUGCCUUCGUCCAUUUUCUCAGGGGGUUCGGUCCAAUGUAAAAUCUCUACGAAUCUGCAAAUCUGCAAUUAGUGCCUCUUUUUCUUAAUUUACAUUAACAUUAACAUUCCUCUCCUCUCUGCUACAUAUCCUCUCAUUCGGGCUACGAAGUACAGUCUAGUAUACUACUUAUACAUUCUCUCGAUCUACCCCGACCGACCAUGUCUGGCACAGCUAAACGCCGUCUCCAAGCCGUCAGCCAACAGCUGGUAGAAGGUAUCCCGGACGCGGGCAAGUUUGAGGACAUUCCCCGCAUUCGUCAUGUGGCUCCGGACUCAGUUGGCCCCCGAGUCAAGGACAAAGUCGCGAUCGUGACUGGAACCAACUCCCCCGCGGGCAUCGGCCGCGCCACAGCGCACCAAUACGCCCACAACGGGGCGAAAGCAGUCUACAUCUGCGACUACGACGGCACACACCUGGGCACACACAAGCGGGAGAUCGAAUCCCUGUACCCGGGCGUCGAUAUCCACAUACGGGAAUUCGACGCGGCGGACGAAGAAGCCGUGAAGGCUGUAGUUGAGGACGCGAUCCAGAAAUACGGCCGGCUAGACAUCUUCUUCGCGAACGCGGGGGUGAUCGGACAGCCGCGGAUCUUCACCGAUGUCACGGGGGCGGAGUUCCUGAAGACGUUGAAUACGAAUUCCGUUAGUGUAUUUCUAGCCGCGAAGUACGCAGCGACCGCAAUGAAACAGACCUCGAAGGAGAAGCCGUACCCGUCCGGCUCGAUUAUCGCGACGGCGUCGGUGGCGGGGCUGCGCGCGAAUGCCGGGUCGACGGAUUACUCGGCGUCCAAGGCGGCGGUGGUGUCCAUCGCGCAGUCGUGUGCGUUCCAAAUGGCGGGCACGGGGGUGCGCAUCAAUGCCAUCUGUCCCGGGGUGAUUGAGACGGGGAUGACGCAGGCCAUGUAUGACGCGGCUCGGGCCCGGGGCACGGAGCGGAAGAUCGGGCAGCUGAACCCCUUGCAGCGGGGUGCCGUGGCGGAUGAAGUCGCGCGCGUGGCGCUGUUCUUGGGCAGCGAUGAGAGUAGUUAUGUCAAUGGGCAGGCGUGGGUUGUCUGUGGUGGACUGAGUGCGGGGCACCCUUUCGUGCCGGGCAAGUUAGCAUAGCGCAUAGCGGGGAGGCUGAUGAGCGUAAGACUGGGCGUGGGCACGCGCUCGGGCAGGUGGUGGUCAUCGUGAUUUAAUGCUUUUCUCUUUUCAUUGGGGCUCGAUUCCUAUGAAGAUGAGUGAUGUUGUCUGCUUCCGGUCACUACUGUUGCGCGCGCGAGGUCUGAGGGCAUUGGGUCGCUGC